GGUCUUCACUACUGUGGAAAACAUUAUCCUUAUUUCAUUUUUCAGAUUACUGCUUUGGGUGACCUGACACUUUCAAGCACCAAUUUAUUUUUUUUCUGUUGGGAUAUGCAAGAGUGAUUCAGGCCUGCCAUCAAGUACUUUGGCUAUAUCAUCAGCGUGGGUCAGCAACUGCUCCAAGGUGCAUGGAUCUUUGGAAUUCCAGUUAUUUUAACUGAACACUAUCCCAAAGGUCUUGGCAGCACUGUGCAAGAAAUUGGUUUAACAGGACCUAAACUGGUGCUUCCCAAGGCAAAGUUUGCAGUGGUGUUGCCAAAAGUUGAAACAGCAUUAGCAGAGAUCCCUGGAGUCAGCAGUGUGUCCUCUUUUCCCCUGCGGACUCAUAUAUGCAUCCAGCAAACAACAUUGGAAUUAAUUGGCAGAGGUCUAGGCAUUGGUAUUGCAACUGAUGCCACCUCAUCAAGAAGUAUGAUGGACAGAAUGAGUGACCUUUCAAGGGUGACAAAGAGUGACCUUGUAGUGAUAACAACCAGCUUCUCCACAAAGUUGCUGCUGGUAGCUGAUUAAGAACAACCAAAAUUCAGAGAGAUCCAAAGUGUCACUAAGGCAAGUGUCCCUGGGUCAGGGCUCCUUACCAAAG